AUGUCACCGAUGAAGGUGCAAGCACCCAUGAAGGCUCAGCACCCCCAGGUCUCCCCGAAGAAAGGCGGUAGGUUGGCCGUCGGCGCCUCUUCCCACGUCCGUCUAAGUCUCCCUGUGAAGAAAGGGCCUCUGAAGGAGGGAUCCUGCACCGUGUCCCCUCUCAAAAAGCGCAGCACGCAAAGACCCACCCGCUCCCCCCUCCUUCAGGCGCCUGCACGCAUGCAGCUUGUCCAGAGUGAGAUCUGCCCUGGUUCCGGGCGUUUGCGGCCAGAACAGACUGCAGUGUGUUUGAUUCAUGUGAUGCUGCUCCACUGUGCCCGAGCUGCCCGAGCUCCAAGGGCUCAACGCAGAGCGCCAGUCCCAACGAAGUGCGCCUUGCCGAAAUCUGCAUCGUCAAAGCCGUCCUGGCUGGUACAGUUCCGCAUCGAGGCAUCCUCACGCCUGCCGUCAGAAGGCAACGAAGGCAGCGCGUCCAUUGAGCCCAAGAGCGACACCAAUUGCAAGGCUCUGCCGGGAGCCUCUUAUUCGGGAGCCUCUUGCAGCCUCAUGUGCCGUCAAGAAGAUGCCGAGACCUGCUCCGAGCCCAGAAUUGCAAGCCGCCUGCAGUCCGACGGCAUCUUGGCAGAGGCCGUCCAGGACCUUGGUAGCUUCGCCCUCCAGGCCGUCCACUCAUGUGAGCCUUAG